GCGCUGCUACUGUCUCCUUCCAGGUCGCGACCGUCAUUUCGUUGCUAUCAGGGAUACUGACGAGUUUUGAGCAGUUUAGACAAGUCUUUGCUUUUAGAUUUGCUACUUUGCUCUGAAAUCGUGAUUCAUCUCUGCGAUAACCAGUUGCUAUCUUGCUAUUGCACCUGUUGUCUACCUAGCAACCGUGAUUUUCAACACAGACUCACGACUACACGCUCCCUUUUAAUCAAAGUUGUCGCUCCAAGACAUGUCAGGUAGUGGAAAGGCAUCUUUUUUAGAGUGCCCAGCACUUGAAGAGACGCCACCGUUGAAUAUUUUCAGGAUGGUUCCGAGAGUGAAUCAAACCCCAAGUAGGAGUCCUCAGGAACUGAGUGCUAGCAAAUCUGCGCCUUCAAGUCUACAGACUGAAAGAGCAACUUCAAAGCAAAGAAAAAACUCAGUUCUCAACUCACCGUUGGACUUGAAGAUUAUGGAUUCGAGAUCUUCCAUGUCACGCAGCGCCCCAUCGUUCAAACUGAAGCAGGAGUCGAACGAUGAUGGUAAUCGAGCGUCUGUCGGAGAUUCCCCAGAGUCGAAAAACGCCAUGAACAGCAAUUGGAGCGCUUCGCAAUCAGAUGCUCAUUUUUUUGACCUCGACUAUUUCUCGUCUGACUCUUCCAAGUCAAAGCGGGCCACAGCGCAGACAGCUCCUGUCGCCAAUGCGCUAAAGACGAAGGUGCCUUCGAAGCAGAAAGCUCCUGGGAAAGCCCCGAGCGGGAACAGCGCAUCUCUUCAUACCAGUUCAAAGAAGGCUUAUGCUGCGGACAACUCUUUUGGCUCAGAGGAGGAAAGGUCUUCUGGAGCAAGUGUUGCAGACCGAUCAAUGAUGGGACCACCGAGCCUUCUUGACGACGAUGAUACGCCUCCCUCGAUUCAUACAUUGAGGAACUCGGAUUUUGACCAGAGUGGCUUCGGAAAGUCUCCUAUACAAUCUGAGACCAAAUACUCAGAUUACUCGAAUCACUCGAAUGUUAAGAAAGAGGAGUCUGCAGGCACAUUGUAUUUUAAGAAGAUCGCUGGGACCCCAUCGGUGCCGCAGCAAGCUUUGAAGUCUCAGAUCAACCGGGUUUCUCACUCCCCCCAUUUGGAAAAUAUGCCACGCUCCGAUUCAUUUGACCCAAUUCUGGGGGCGCUUAGUUCGCUCCAGCAGGAAAAAACCAAGCUGGAAUACAGAUUAUCAGGCACGAUGAAUGAGUUGUCGGCUACACAAUCUGAGCUGUCGUCUACGAAAGCCUUGCUUGCUUCGUUAAAGGAGAAAAGCCGAGGUCUUUUGACUACAGUACGAGACAUUGGAGCGGACAGAGACGAGCUGCGGCGUGCGAUGGAUGCGUGCUCUGCAAAUAUCGAGCUUGCUCGUCUGGGUAUCAUAGAGUUGAGAAGUGAGGUGAACUUUUCCCGUCGUCGGUUGACUGAACGGGAAGAGAUGAACGAGGACGUGUCGAUGCAGCUACAGGAGCUGGACAAGGAACUGAAUCGCAGAUCGAUGGCCUACCAGUUACUUCAAUCGAAGUUUGACGAGAAAUCGGGAUUGCUGCUUGAGGAGCGCAGUAAGGUGUCUGCGUUGGAAGAGAAGAUUCAUCAGCUAGAGAAUGAGCGUCAGGCACUGGUUGAGCAACACGAGUCAGAAAAGUCUACGGCGCUCAGAUCUAUUGAGAGCAAGCUACAGACUGUGAAUGAUGACUUGACAAAAUUUGAGGGCCUUUUGGACACUCGAUUUCAUGAUUAUACUCUGCGGUUGGAGAGCAUCCACGAUCUUAACCUCGAGAUGCAGGAUAUAAUCACUACAAACCGGGACUCGAUAUCAAAGCUGAGCUCAUUGUCUUCGUCUCAGAAAACACAUAUUGAGGCGUCUAUGACCGAGUUGCAGGAGAUACUUCGACGGGAGAUCUCCGAGAUGAUCUCGCAGGCCGGUGCUCUUCAAACCUUGAACGCUAAUCUGGAGGCCGGGAAUAAGACUCUUCAGUGCAAGAUUUCGGAGGAAGAGACAGCAGGAAGAGAGAAGAAUACGCGGAUUCUGUAUCUAGAGCAAGAGAUCAGCAAGGCGCUUGACGAGCUGGCUCAGAAGGUGGAUAAGGGAGUUGUCUUGAAGCUUGAAGACGAGCUGUCUGAAUUACACAAAGCUGCCGAAUCUUAUUCUCAACUAUCAGCAGAAUGGAAAGAAAAGAUGAAACAAAGCAGCGAGAAGAUCGAAGAGCUUGAGGAUGAGCUUCGAUCCAAGUCCGAUACACAGGCUCACAAGGAGUGCCAGCAUUUACUAACACAGCAGGAGCAGCAUGCGAAAGAGCUUACGAUGGCAUGCGAAUUAGAUAAGCAGAAUGCUAUCCAUUCGUUGACGUCUAGAUACGACAAGCAGAUGGCAGAGAUGGGAAGAACCCAUACGGCUAGCAUCGAAGCAAUCAAACGGGACUUGGUAUAUUUGUUUAUUUACCCCAGCAGUUUUUCUUGGAGAAGAAUACUUAACGGACUUUUACUUUUUUAAUAAUAGGCUGCCGAGAGAGAAUUACGAACAAAGACAGAGACAAGGGUGAGCGCGCUGCAAGAGUCAGUAGUGACAGUGACGCGACAGACGGAGGAGAAAGCGGCCGA